AUGAAGUUCAACGACGGCUUCUGGCUUUUGAAAAACGGUGUAAAAGCAAACUACGCUCUUCAAUCUACAAAGGUUGAAAAACUAUCCGAUGGCUAUCAAUUGUUCGUCGCUACUCGUCCCAUCCGCCAUCGAGGUGACUCUUUAGGUGGUCCUGUUUUGACUGUCAAAGUCCAUUCUCCCACCGAAGGCGUUAUCGGUGUCAAACUCGAUCAUUUCACCCACAUCCCACCCACUCCCAAUAUUCCUCUAUUUCCCAACGACGACCCCAUCCCAAAUCUUCACCUGUCCAACGAUGAUACCGGCCACUCUUUGACAACUGCGGGUCUGACCGCCGUCAUCACUGAAAACCCUUAUACAAUCACUUUCAAGUCUCCCGCUGACCGCGUACUCACUUUUGCCGGUCCUAAACAUCAAGCCAUUUUUGAGGUUCCCUCCAAAUGGACCCUCUCGUCUGCUUCGAAUAGCUCUUGCGUGUCACAAGACCCCCGCUCAAACCCCAACCCUUCCCCCUUGCCUCCAACCAUCCAGUAUAUAAACUCUGAACUCAAUCUCUCCCCUGGUGAACUUAUAUACGGCUUUGGAGAACAGUUUGGUAAUUUUACAAAGAACGGUCAAUCCAUCAAGAUCUGGAAUCAGGACGGCGGAACUUCUAGUGACCAAGCCUACAAAUGCGUGCCGUUCUACAUCACCAAUCGGAACUACGGCGUGUUCAUCAAUCAUCCCGGGGAAGUCGAAAUCGAAGUUGGUAGCGAAAAAAUUUCACGCGUCGGCACCUCUGUCGCUGGUUCCAACCUCGAAUUCUUUAUCAUCUAUGGCAAUACUCCCUUGCAGAUCCUCGAACGAUACACUCGUAUGACAGGCCGCCCUCCGCUUCUACCCAGCUGGACAUUUGGCCUCUGGCUCUCCACCUCAUUCUUGACCAACUAUGACAACAAAACUGUGUCUGGAUUCUUACAAGGCAUGCAAGACCACAACACCCCCGUGCGCGUCUUCCAUUUUGAUUGUUUUUGGAUGAAGCAGUACGAAUGGUGUUCCUUUACGUUUGACCCCGAAAACUUUCCAAACCCAAAGGAAUACUUGUCUGAGAUUAAAGAAAAGUACGGCGUAAAGGUCUGCCUUUGGAUUAACCCAUACGUCAGCCAGCUCUCUCCCAUUUUUAAAGAAGGUGUCGAGGGUGGCUAUUUUAUCAAAAGAAUGGACGGGACGCCAUGGCAAUGGGACUUGUGGCAACCAGGACUAGCCAUCGUGGACUUCACCAACUCCGAGGCGUGCGAAUGGUACGGGUCCAAACUCCGUGCGCUCAUGGAUAUUGGUGUCGAUUGUUUCAAGACGGAUUUCGGUAAGCAUUCAAUUGAACUUCCCAUCGUGAUCGUCUCACCACUCCCCCAACCAGCUGAACGCAUCCCUCACGCCAACGUCCAAUUCCACGACGGAUCAGACCCUAUUCGGAUGCACAACCUAUAUUCCGUCCUCUACAACGAAUACGUCUUCAACCUCAUCCAACAACACCGCGGCGAAAACCAAGCAGUUCUCUUCGCCAGAUCUUCCUUUGCAGGCGGCCAACGUUUCCCCGUCCACUGGGGUGGGGACUGUGAGUCCACUUGGGAGGCCAUGACAGAAGCUAUUCAUGGAUGUCUUUCCUUGACCUUAUCCGGGUUUGCAUAUGCCUCCCAUGAUAUCGGCGGGUUCGAAGGCCACCCUGAUCCCGAGAUUUACCAAAGAUGGGUGGCGUUUGGGCUAUUCUCAUCUCAUUCGAGAUUGCAUGGCUCGAGUUCGUAUCGGGUACCUUGGCAGUAUGGGGAGGAGGCAGCGAAGGGUAUGGCUAGGUUGCUGGAGGAGAAGCACAGGCUUAUGCCUUAUCUAUAUGAUUUGGUGCGUAGAAUGACUCUAUACCACUGGUCGGCGUUACUCAUUCAGUCGAUGUGACAGGCCAUCCAAGCAACCAAAACAGGCUACCCGAUCCAACGAGCCAUGUUCCUCGAGUUUCCAGAUGACCGUACAACCCACCACCUCGAUCGUCAAUACAUGUUCGGUCCUUCUCUCCUCGUAGCUCCAGUUUUCACUCCCCAAUCAGAAGAAACAGAGUAUUAUAUACCGAAAGGAAGAUGGACAUACUACUGGAAUCCAUCUCGCAUCGUGGAAGGUCCAGUAUGGGUUAAAGAACGCGUUCCACUGAACGAGAUCCCUAUUUGGAUUCGUCCUAGGACCGUGUUGGUGAGAGGACCACCCGGAGUACGAAGACCGGAUUAUGCAUAUGGGGAGAGGGCACAUGUUUCGGUGUUUGGUGUGGAGGAUGGGGAGAAUGUAGAUGUGAGAGUACCGGGGGAAGAUGGCGAAGGGUAUGUGGGUUCGGUUGGGGUGGAACGAAGAGGGGAUGAGGUGAAGGUAAAGGUGCUGGAGGGUUCAGUUGAUGUUGCUCACGUCGAUUUGGAUGACGGGAACCUGAGGAUGGUGCGAGAAUGACGGACGGAGGAGGUGUGCGUACGGGUUUAGGGGAGUGAGGUGCUGGAAUGGAGCGCCACCGAAAUGUAUUAUUAUUAUUCUUGGUAUACAUAGCCCACUUAUACUUCAAGCUUCAAGCUUCAAGAGUCGGACUCAAACUCUUCAAUCGCUUUUUCGUGUUUUUCGUGUCUAAUUUUGGCCAACUCUCGGUUGUGAGCGGAACGCUUGAUGCUCUGUGAACCAACAGAUUAGUAUCUGAAUACCAAAAGAAUGAUCAUCUUACUCACUUCUGCGUGCAGACACCGGUUCACUUCAUCCUUGUACCUGUUACACCCGCCCACUGUUGAAUCAAACAACUUUAGAAGGGGGAACGAGUUAUAAUAAUUCCGUACCUAUUUUUUUGUCAGAAACAACUGGAUGCAUCGAGGAGGAAAGAAGGGAAAACCCGGAGCCAAGGAAGGAUGACGGCAACAUCAAACCGGGUCUGACUCUCUUUAUCGUGAUCGAAGUCAAUCGGCCCAGGGUCCAGGACGACAAGUUGUUUAUCAACCACCACCACCGCCCUCGCAUCCUCUGCAACCAUGUCUUCCUUCACUCCUGCCCCCUCAGAUGAAAUCGCAAUCGCUACUAUCCGUGCACUAGCUGCAGAUAUCGUAACUAGAGCCAACUCUGGUCAUCCAGGUGCUCCGAUGGGGAUGGCACCAGUCGCCCAUAUUCUUUUUACACGAUUCAUCAACGCCAACCCAAACCACUCCAAGUGGAUCAACAGAGAUCGAUUUGUUUUGUCGAAUGGGUGA